CAGUCUGCUGUCAAGCCGCGGAGCUGCAGUUCUCAGCCCGGUGAUAAGUGGCGGAGCUGCGGCCGCUUCCUGCUCCCGGAGCGGAUGGAGGAUCAACCUUGGAGAAAGGACGAAUGCCUGCUUUUGUUUCCCAGCUUGUGCAUGACUUCCAGCAGCAGCAGCAGCAGAGGACAGACAGGGCAGAGCGAGGAAACAGACAGUCAGUGGUGAUCUUCAGGAGACGUAAACAUUGCCAUGCCCUGCUUUAUGCACCACCUCCUCCGAUCCGUCUCCUCCUCCUCUCCUGGGGGCUGUUCUGCAGGAUAACAGCAGAGGAGAGCGGAUACAUAACGCUGCUGUCGAAGGUGAUGUAUUUGUGGUGAAGUUGUGUUUGGGAUAGGAGGCUCUGACUCACUGGAGGCAUCCUGACUUUGCUGCGUCCGUGUUUUGCGGCCAUGCUGCAGGCAGCAUCCUCAGACCUGUUCCCGACCUGAGCUCCACUCUAUGGGAUUAACAACUUCUCACAGCUAGUUCCACUUCUUUAUAUUUUGGAGUAUUAUUGUGUACUUUUUCUCUAUAUAACUGGUUGAUGAUGAACAUUUUUCAUGCGCAGUUUUGGAAUUUUAUGAGCCCCAAAGCUGCAGCUGUUAGAAAGAUGUUCCAGACAUUAAUGAAGCCGUCCUCUGCAUGACUGCUCGGUGGGACCGCUCUUGUUAUCAUCACAGUUCACGUUAACGCAGCCACCAUGGGCGCCAAGCAGACUAAAGGCCAGGAGCCUGGAGGAGCCAGCCCCCAACACAGCUGGAAGCGAACACCCACCAAGGAGCGGGGCGACAUCCUGGCCUCCCUCAUGCUGAAGUCAGGGGACAGGCUGAGCCGUGGCGGGACGCCGCCGCCCUACCAGCGCAGAAUCGGCAUGAUCCAGGAGAUGAUGCUGAUGGCCAAGCAGGGAAAGCAGGACGAGGCCACGGAGAUGCUCAAGACUCUCCGACAGGACCUAGGCAUGGAGUCAACCUCUCUUGAUGACGUGUUGUACCGAUACGCCAGCUUCAGAAACCUGGUUGACCCCAUCACACAUGACCUGAUUAUCAGCCUGGCACGAUAUGUCCACUGCCCCAAGACGGAGGGCGACUCUCUCGGAGCCAUGGAGAAGGUCUGUCGUCAGCUGACGUACCAUCUCAGCCCGCACUCUCAGUGGAGGAGGCAGGGCCUGCUGAAGAGGAAACCUCAGGCCUGUUUGAAGGCGGUGCUGUCGGCUCCUCUGUCCAGCGGGGCGUUGGAUCUGUCCGGUAUCCCUCUGGUGGCUCGGGACAUGGAGCGUCUGUGUGCACACCUGCAGCGCCACGCGUCCACCGUGGUCAGCCUGGAGCUGGGCUUCACCGAGCUGACGGACGAGGCCUUCCUGCUGCUGCUGCCCACGCUGGCCGCCCUGCCACACCUGGAGACCCUGGCGCUGAACGGGAACCGGCUGACCAGAGCCGUUCUGAAGGAGCUGACUGACGCCCUGAAGGAUCCCGGCAGUUUCCCCAGUGUGACAUGGAUCGACCUGGGCAACAACGUGGACAUCUUCUCCCUGCCGCAGCCCUUCCUGGUCAGCCUGAGGAAGCGCUGUCCCAAGCAGGGAAACCUGCCCACCAUCCUGGAGUUCGGAGAGAGUCAGGCCAGCGACCCCCCCGAGAGGCUGAGGGGGAUCGGGGAGGACGAGGAGACGGACGACACCAACCGAACCGAGAGCAUGGGAGAACUCCGCUCGGAGGUGGAGGAGGAACUGGACGGAGAGAUGGAGAUAGAGGAGAUGAUGGAGGAGCUGCUGGACUUCGACCGGGAGGUGCAGGGGAAGGAGGACGAGGACGAGAGCAUGUGGACGCUGCAGGAGCAGAGGAGCAGGGGCCGGGGGAGGGGCUGGAGAGGCGUGGAGGAGAAGGAGGCGCAGAGGAAAGAGCAGCGGCCGGGGAGGAGGGCCAUGAUGGCGGACGACGGGGACGACGACGACACGCAGAGCCGCUCCUCCCGUCUGUCCUGCUCCAGCCAAUCACAGCACUCCUCCGGGGCCGUGGAGCCAAUGAGAGUGGAGGAGGACGACCUGGACGACGUGACGGAGCGCUCAGACCACUUGACCUGAUUGCUGCUCUCUGAUCCGCUCUGCUUAUGUUUCCCCUCCUGUGUCGAGUCCUGUGUGAAAAGGAGACAAGAGGAGAAUUUGUCCCCUGCAGAGGACAAAAGAGUCAAAGUCAGGAUGUAAUCCAUAUGAUGUGAUUUGUGAGCAGCCACAUUCAGACACUGGCAGCCUGGCGACUGUAACCAGAGGCGACAGGACGUCUCUUUUAUCUUCUGUUUUUAAAGUAUGAAUAGACUAAGGAUGCUAAAGCAUAGAAUAGGCUGGUUAAUUAUAUCACACGAGGCUUUUAUGUAUAGAAUGUUAAUCUUUAUUCAGGUCCUUUCCUCCUGUUUACCCCUGUGAUACCUACAUGUGCCUGUGACACGUCCCGUUGCUGGUUUAAGAGUGUGUUGGAAGAUAAAAAUGAGACUAGAGUUACACACAAACUAGUCAGGGCCUUUAGAAACCUUUUGAAAAAUGUUUUUGCCAAAAAAAAUAAAGAAGUGGAAAUGUAUUUCCCUCCCACAUAUACAUCCAUGGGAGAGGCAGAUGGAUCAGAAGACAGACAGGAAUGAAAAGUCAAAGCAACUGCUUGGUGGAAGCUUUUUAAGAAAUGAACAGAUGCACUGCUUCAGUGGAGGAGAAGAUGGAAUUAGGCAGCUGAAACCAAAAGAAAUAACAGAAAAAGGACACAGCAAAGCUGAUGAUUGUAAGGAAAACAGUCAAAAGGACAAUGGUUCACUGUGUAUUAUGUACAGUGGAUAGAUGUGAUUAUCGCCAUGUGUCCCAAAGCAAAGUGCUGCGGUGUCAAGCUGAAAUAUUUAGUAGCCUUUUUCCUCAUAAUCCAGGUCAUGUAUCACUCCACGGUACUGUACACUAGUGCGUCACAUGCUUACAGUGCUGUGUUUAUAUAUAGGCUGCAGCUAGGAUCACAUUCACGACGCUGUCCGCUGGGUUUCAACAAACGGUAUCUUUAUGCAGUAUGUAGCUCUCUUCCCCCCGGCCUGUGCUGUCCAUCCCCUGUGUCACGCAAAGCUUUAAGACACAAACUGUAUUUUUGGAUGUACAGUAUAUAUACAGUAUAUUGUUUUUAUCUGUGCAGGGGCAAAUGUUUAGAUUGUAGAUUAGCUGUUACAAGAGGUUAUUUGUGCAAGCUACGUGAAUGAUGCUUGGCAAAAAAAAGGUGACCCAGAGUUGUAAAAAGGUACUGAGUGUAAAAAGGAAUAUGAGCUCGUAUAGAAGAAAGCUUCAUCUUAAAGCACUUAAAAUGAUUAAAUGCAUCUAUAUUUUUUCUAAAACAGCAGUUUCAGGAGCCACUACAUUUACCUUUGAAAAUCAUGGUCCUUAAAGCUGGAGUAGGCAGUUUUUGUUUGUUUGUUUUUUGGCAUCAUUUGGCAAACAUUCAAUAAUAACCUUUCAGUAUAUUGGAACCAUAGACUGUAUAUAAAUAAUGGACAUAGUCACUGUGACGUCACCCAUUGGUUUGUGGCGUCGAGUUCAGCGUUACACUCGUCGCCAUCUUGUGUCGCCAUCUUGUUUCCGAUACAGGAAGCAGACCAUAUCUGGACUGUGGAGGAGGAGAGGGAUCUGAUCACUGACUACAGCCUCUCUACACCUCAACCUGACUGAGAGAAGCUGCUGCUAAUUCAUGUUAGCAUUAACUGGAGCAUUAACUGGGAUGCUAGUUUUGGC